CACCACCACCGCCACCGCUCCACGUCGCCUUGGAUCUCCCCGCUUCGUGCCAGCUUCGAUGUUGCCUGGCGCCUUCUCAAGCAGCAUCCCUCAGCAGCGUUUCUCUCGCGACAAAGACAUAGCUCUCUGUUGACUUGAUUACCUUUCGUUCCUGCUUGACGCCUCGCUCUCUGCGCCAGCAAAGCUCUCGCCGGCAGAUCGUGCCUACUGCGGGUCUGUGGAACACGUACGUGCCUAGCUGAGCUGAGCUGUGGACGUGGACUUCCUCUCGCCCCUCUUCUGAUUCCGUUCGAGUCUGUUGGCACUUUGACCAGAACACAGAAGUAGCGCGUGGAGCUUCGCUAGCCCCUGUGGACAGGACCGCGACACUGCUCUCAGCUUCUCCUCCGUACUACUUGACAAGUCGAUAGCGGGCCUCGUGUCCUCUCAUUCUCUCAGCAUGCGGCCGUCUCGCGCACCCAGCGAGGCACCUUCUGCCCUCGAAGACUCCGUGUAUGACUUCGUCUCCAACACCGAUAUGUCCGAGAGCAGCAUGCUCUCAGACGAAGAUGCUCACACUGAGUCCGUCGCCUCAUUUGACGCGAACACACCGGACGAUUUAUCUGUCAUCAACAGCGCCGAAUACUCAGAGGAGGAGGAAGCUCUGAAUACACCACUGGAUAGCAUUCUUCUCAACAGCACGUAUUCACAGCAAUUGACAGCCUCAGUGGAGGAACAGAUGGUCGACGUUACCCCUACGAUCGGUGACAGUGGUUAUACUGCGCACACAGUCCGCCCGGAGCCGUCCUCUAGCUACCUAGAUUUUUUCCAGAACGAUCUCGAGCCCUGCAGUCCCCAUCACCUCAACUUGGUUCAUGUUGUGCAGUCAGCUGAUCACCCUAAUUGCAAUGGCGAACUCGACAUCUAUGAUGCCAAGUACGUUAGCGUGGAGAUGCACAUGACAGUGACAAAGGCUCCCAUGCUUCCUCGAGACAGUUUCCGAGUCCUGAUUUUGGGAUAUUACACGCAUUCUAACAGCGAUAUUGCACAGCAUAUCAAAGCGGCGCUGCACUCGGAGAUGCCCAAGGAGGAUGUUGACAACAAAACCUCGCUCGUCAUGCACCAUUGCGUCUCGAGCCGCUUUGGUAAGGACAGGCGCCAGGUUGUUUUGACGAUCGAUCACCCCAAACAUCUAGACGUUACCCUGUGCGGUGGUAAGGCUUUUUUAGGCAGAGAUCCCUACAAGAUCUGGGACCUUGCCAUCUUUCUGCAUACUUCUCUUGCCAACAUCCCCACCUACGAGAUACCAAAACUGGAGAGUACUUUUGAGAUAGCCCGUCUUGGUAUGAGAGCAUCCAGGGUGCCGAUUAUGGAUUUAUCUAUGUAUCAUCCACUCUAUCGCGCAGUUCCCCAUCUUUACACGUGCGAAAAGAAGAGCCUACACCUUCGGGUAUCGACGAGAAGAACAGAAAAGUCCAAGGAAGUACUUUGCGAAUUGCUCCCGGUCGACCUCGACAAAUUUCUCGCAAUCGAACCACAUACUCUGGCUAGGCAUAUUGCUUGCAUUACAGAGCGAGGUCCAACAAGAACACGAGCAGCGCCAACGGCAAAACGCAGAAAUUCGCGCAACAUCAUCUUUAGUGCUGUUCACUCUAGCAUCUACAGCAGCUAUCAAGCUACAAGGAAGCUAAGCACAACGAUCAUUGGCCGUAUAAGGCAAUACCUACGAUACUCUGAGAACGGACAUAUGAUCGAACUUUUACUUGGUCUAAUCAUCAUCCUCGUUGCCAUAGCAUUUUGUACUCAGAUUCUGGGUUUCCCGUCAAAAUCACCAUCAUCAGAAUCAGUCUCAACACUUGGGCUAAAGGUCCCAAAUUUACAGGACUUCAAUUGGGUAGGCACAUUUUCGCAGAAAGAACUCUUGGCUUUAUCAAAAAAGCUAUCUUCAGACAAUAUACCACCACCUCCAGCUAAAACUGCCGAAGCAUUGGGGAUGAAAAAUGGUGAUGACAAAGUUUCAAAAGCGACUCGUACGCAAGUGCAAAAACACGCUAGGCAAGAAAACGCACUCGAAAUGGAGAAGAGGCUACUUCGAGCGGCGCAAGAGGAGUGGGCGGUGGACGUCGUCGACCCACAAACCAUACUUCUCUAUAUUCCCCGUAAAAUCUUCCCAUAUAUGCACUCUUGUGUUCGUGUCAGCGUUCACAAAGACGGAGCAGGACUUCAUGUAAGUCACAAGACAACGUCUAGCAAAGCGAUAGCGGUCGUUAUACACGAAAUUCCGGCCCAUGGCGAUGUUUCCGUCCAAGUCCGCGGCCACUAUGAGCUGCCGCAGAUGGGCCGAUUUCCUUUUUCCCAUAGCUUCGAUGUGUAUCUGGGACAUGGUAAUGCUAGGACGUCAUUUGAAGCCAUGAAAGAUUUGGUUGCACAGGAGUUCAUCCUGGUCCAGAACAACGCCAUGGAGCUCUCUACACGGAUGACCACCGGGUUGCAACAGUACAUAGACGAAAUCCACCAACAGACACUGGCACUUCAAAGGCAGGCUAUGGAUCGGGUUCAUGAGACCACAAAGUCUCUAAUGAACUUCGUGCCGCGUAAGGAUCGUAUAAUUGAACGAAAUUCAAGGCAUGAACACUUAAAUCAACUACGAAAAAUAAAGAAAGCACUUCGGAGGCAAGGAAAGCAACUUUCUGAUCAAUUCGAAGCAAUGUUUCGCCCGCUUCAACAGAUGGCUCGGCGACAAUGUGAAGAAUUUUCUGAGAUAUUUCGCUUGCUAUCUUACUGGCAGCACAGUACAGCUUGGCCGGUACGAGCAUCCGAUUGGAAACCACAUGUUGCUGCAAAGCGUGGGUGGAGUAACGCCAAAGGAUUGCUUCACACGUUACGAAGGGGACCAAAGCUAACAGACGAUCCAGCACGAGAGGAGCAGGUAUUCAGUCGGUUAGCAAAGAAUCGAGAAAGUAAGUAAGUUUUCCAGAAUAGUAAUUUUUGGCGUUUUGGGUUGGUUUUUUGUAUACAACGAGUGCAUUAAGGGAAUGAGGCGCGGGACACACUGAAUGGCCCCUGUCUGUUGGGAUUUUAGACAUGCUUCAUAUCUCUCUGUGGAGUUCUUUCAAACAAGAAUAUUUGCAAUGUCGAAACAUUCAAGAAAGUAAAGAUACCAUAUAAAUCUCAGCUGCAACAUGUAACGGUUUACUUCGC